UCAAAGCCUCCGGAAAACAGCAGCAGAUCUUUGGCUGACUGAACUCAGACUGCGCGGUCAAAACAUUUCCUCCUUUUUUCCCAGCCUACAAACCAACCCGAAUAAAGCGUCUGAAUUCUGUCUACAAGAACAACGCGGAGGAAAAAAAUGGACUUGGCCCAUCAUGGUCUUGUUCUUCUGAAGCGCCUCAAUGCUCAGCGAGAGUUUGGUUUUCUCUGUGAUUGUACUGUGGCCAUCGGAGAUGUUCUUUUCAAAGCCCAUAAAGCUGUUCUUGCUGCGUUCUCAAACUACUUCCGCAUGCUCUUCAUCCAUCAGGAAAGUGACUGUGUUCGCCUGAAGCCUUCAGACAUCCAGGCCGAUAUCUUUAGCUACCUGCUUAAUUUAAUGUACACUGGAAAAUUUACCGCACAACCCAUCGACCCGAUUCGCCUAGAGCAAGGGGUAAAAUUUCUGCACGCCUAUCCCUUAUUACAGGAGGCAAGUCUUCUUAUAAACCCCGAAUCCCAGUAUACACCUUUGACAAACUCCCUUUACGGCAUCCAGAUCCCUGAUCAGACGUGCAGCCGGCCUGAAAGAAACUCAACAUCCAAGGAUGACGUUUAUGCUAAAAGCUCUGAUGUUUUUGGCCGUGAAUUUUUGGAAAACACUGAUAUGGAUUAUAGAUCCCCACAACCUGUUGGCAUAGACUCGCCCACCCAGAACCCUGCAGCCACGAUGGUCCAACACCUCACAUAUGGCAUAAUGAGUAGAAGUGCUUCUUCCAGAAAGCAUUACACAUGCAAUUACUGUGGAGUCCGAUUUAACCAGAGAUGCAAGUUAAAGGAACAUCUACUGGUCCACACCAACCAAGCAACCGAGCCACAGGUAUCAGCCCCGCAAAAUGGUCACAAUAUUGAUCUUGAAUGUCAGGAUAUAGAGGAAGACCAUUUGCAUGCUGACAGUGAUGUUAUUAGUGAUACCGAUCAACAGGCGUGGAUGGAGGACACCCCACCACCUUCCGAAAUCGCCGAUAUAGACAACCUGGAUGGCACUGAGAUGGGCCGUGAAAUGAAGCGGCGUAAAUUUGAGUGUCCGACCUGCGCUCGCAAGUUUAUUCAGAAGAGCCACUGGCGGGAGCACAUGUACAUUCACACAGGAAAACCGUACAAAUGCAGUGCUUGUGCAAAGAACUUCUGCAGAGCGAACCAGGCUGCUCGACAUGUUUGUUUGAGCCAGGAUGCAGAUUCAUAUAUUAUGGUUAAUAAACAAAGCUUGGUUCUGUGUGGCGGAGAAGACAACAGUCAGGUGGAAGCUCUCUUCCAGACUUCAGAAAGACCCUAUAAAUGCAGCAUGUGUGCAACACCAUUUGCAAGUCCUUCAGAGGUUCCCAAACAUCAGUGUUUGACUGAAAAUGAAGCUGCGGCAUCAGCAGAAUAUUCAAUGGCGGAGAAUGAAAAUCAGGAUUUGGCAGCUCCUCCUGAAGUAACCACUCCAUCUUAAGUCAUCUCUUGCAGUGCCAAUGUUUAACUUUUUAUGUUUCAUUAUGGAUUCAGAUUCUUUUUUUAAAAAGUCAAAUGUGCUUUGUUUGUAAUUUUGUGCCUAAGAGGUUUAAUUGUUUGAAUCUAAUAAAAUGGCAGUAUUAUUUACUGUUUAAAGCAUCCUCCGUUGCAGAUGGAAAAAGAAACCAAUAUUUUAUCAAAGCAGUUGUACAUUGACAUCUGAUAAACCAUGAGCCACAGAUGGGUAAAGUUUCCUUUAUUUAAAUAAAACUUGAAAU